AUCAAAUUACACUUUAAUUGUUUGUUGACCAAAAUUUUCAAUCAAUCGAUCAGUUGAUUUGUUGAGAUGAAGAAAAAGUUUUCACUUGAAAUUUUCUUCCCUAACAUCCUACCAAUCAAAAAGAAAAUUUCAAUAUUGUCCAUCAUCGAAUCAUCUAAAUUAAGCCAAUCAACUACUAAUUGAGAAGAGAAAAAAAACAAUAAUUAGUUAAUUGUGAUUCUAAUUAAGAGGGAAAAGUAUUCAAAUGUAAGCGCCACCAAUGGAGAGACAAGUAAAUGUUUCCAAGGAGGAAACCAAAGCUUAAGUGACCUAAGUUGUUAUUAAUAAUGUUCGUUAAUUAACUGAUUAAUUACUUGUGUUUAAAUCAAUUUAUUAUUUAUAUUCUUUGAUAAAAUUAACUAUUAACCUUUAAGGUAUCGAUCGAUAGUUUGAUCAAGUGCUAAUUGAAAGAAAUAGUAAAGUUAUGAGUGAUAACAUAAUGAGCUCACCCACAACUGGGUCUACAGAUGAACUAUUGUCACAUGGUAUAUGCAUGGCGGCGGAGAUUUUCACCAAUAAGAAUAAUAAUAACAAUUGUAACAAUAAUAAUAGUAAUUGUAAAUUAAUCCAUGUUAACAGAAGUGCCUUAAAUGGUGAGGAUGGUGAAGUUGAUUUAGUUGAUGGUAAAUUGGUGAAUAAUAACCAGCAGACUGAAAGAUGUGUUGAAUUGGGAUCAUCAUCUUCAUCUUCAUCAAAUUCUUCCUCUUCUACAUCUUCAGGUUCAUCAUCAUCGGCUUCAUCUUCAUCUUCAUCCACAACAUCAUCCACUUCUCAUAAAUCAUUACCUGUGGUAAUCAAAGCUAAUAAUGUUAAUCCCAAUCACGAAGCUGCUUGGGCCUGUAAAAUAUGUAACUUUUCCCACAAAUGGCCUCUCAUUAUGAUAAAUCAUUUACGAAUUUUCCACAAAUUGCAAUCUCCCUUUGAUCAAUAUAUUUUUAAAAUGGAUAAUGGAUUAACAGAAUCCUCAUCGACAUCAACCGCCAAAUCAAUUGAAUUAGUGACUUAUCAACCUACUUCAACAAAUAUUAAAUGCAAAUUAUGUGAUACAGCAUUUGAAACGGUCCAAGAUUUGGAGGAACACAAUGAACAUUUACACUCCGAUUUAGUUUGGGCCUGUAGAAGUUGCUCCUUUUCCAAUAAAUGGCAACAAUUGGCAAUAUCUCACCUUCGAAGUGCCCACAAUUGUCACCCACCCUACACCGACCAUUUGUACCGAAAAAAUUCUGAUAAAACAUCCAACCUACUUCAACGUAUUCAAUCAGCCUCCAUUGACUUUAGAUCUCACCUUCACUCUUCACCGUCAAAACCACCGCAACAACAACAACAAUCAACAGCAAAUUCACUGUCAGAAACAGUAGCACAAACAACAACAACAACAACAACAUCAACAAUAUCAACAGCAACAGCAACAUCAUCAUCAGCUCAAGAAAAUACCGACAGUGUAAAAGAGGAGCAAUCAAUUGACAAUGAUGUAACCAUUUCAAACAAUAAUGACAACAACGGAGACUUGGUUAAUAAUAAUGGUAACAUGAUCGCUGAUGGAGCUAUCGAGUCACCUCCUUCCCCCGGCAUUCAGAGUGGACUUAAAAUGGCCACUAAAGACUGUUACCGACGAUUAGAUAAUGAUAGAUUUCAAUGUACGAACUGUGGUAAAACCUGUGGAAGUGCUCAAGGUAUAACUGAACAUUAUGAAGCUUAUCACUUAGGACUUAAUUAUCAAUGUAAAUUGUGUGGCUUUACUGAUCUAUGGAGAUCAAUGUUGACCAAACAUUUAAAAGUAAAUCAUUUAAUGGGUAAACCUUAUGAAAAAUUUUUACGACGAGUUAAAGUUGAGACAAAUUUAACCAAUUCUAAUGAUAAUCAAAUGAUCUCAAAUUAUCGGCGACGUCGAUCACGUAUUUUUAAAGAACCCGAAUCACCUGAAUCAAUUUCAUCGCCUGAAAAAGUUAGACGACAAUCAUCAACUUCGUCUACCUCAACAUUAGCACCAACCUCAUCAUCGAUAACAAAGCGAAGUUCAAAUGUCCAACAACAACAACAACAACCACAAGUCAAAACAACGAAACGAGGCCGAAAACCGAAGGAUAAAUUGGCGAUUAAAGCCAAAACAGCCAAAUCAAAACGGCGAAGGUCAUAAAAGACGCUUUCGAUGAGCAAAAUCGCCCGACUAAUAUUAUUUAAAAAGCUUCGCUACACAAUUUCAAAUGUGAUAAAAAAGAAAACAAAAUCGAGGCGAAGAAAAAAAAAGAAAGAAGCAAAAAUCUAUUCUAAAGCGAAAUUGUUGAAGAAUUGAGAACCCGAAAAAGAAAAUAACAAAUUUUAAUAAUAAUCAAAUUCUUCACUUGCAACAAUUAACAAA